CUGGCGAGACUAAUGCGCCGCCUUCAAACGUGCCUUCAUCGACUGGUACGGGCUCACCACACAUCCAGCAGGAUGCAGCACCAAGCGAGCGAGCUGAGGAUUCCAGUGUGCGCGGUGGGCGACAAGGCUGCUCUCCAGUUGGCCCGCCAGUGCCUGCUUGGUGGCCAGGUGAUUGCUCUGCCCACCGAUACCGUGUAUGGCCUGGCCUGCGAUGCCAACAACGAGACAGCCAUCCAGCGGCUCUACGAGAUUAAGGGUCGCGAUGAACACAAGCCCGUGGCCAUCUGCGUUCACAACAUCUCGGCGCUGCGACGCUUUGGUCAGGCUGCCCAUCUCAGCGACGAGCUGCUAACUCGUUUGCUCCCGGGCCCCCUGACCAUCGUGAUCGAGCGGACGGUCCAGCUGAGCAACCGUUUCCUUAAUCCCAGCACCUCCAAAAUCGGCAUUCGCAUUCCGGACUUUAACUUCAUGCGCGACCUGUGCGGGGUGUGGCAGGAGCAGCCCCUGGCCCUGACCAGCGCCAAUCGCUCCAGUGCGCCUAGCAGUCUGCAGGUGUCCGAGUUCCGCUCCCUAUGGCCCCAAUUGGGUGCCGUCUUUGAUGCCGGUCGUAUCGGCCUGACUGAGGAGCGGCGACUGGCCUCCACGGUCAUAGACCUGGCCACUCCUGGCUACUUUGAAAUAGUGCGCGCCGGCGUGGCUCUGAAGCCGACACUCAGCCUCAUGGACGAGUUCGGCAUUCGUCCGCGAAAAAUGCUGUAGUAUAAGAGCUAUUGACAUAAAUUAUUAUUGGAUUAUUUAAAGAAUCCAGUUUCUUUGGUUUUAACUUUAA